UGACGCGGUGCUGCGGCAGACGGCAGAGUGGAGGGAACCGGUGAUCACUGUCUUCAUUCCACCGCCAUGGCUGAACAUUUUUCGCUGGCGGACUGCGAUGUGAUCGGCUUCGAUCUAGACCAUACCUUGUGCCGGUACAAUGUGAGCGACACCUUCGCGCUGAUAUAUGAUAGCUUUGCUCAGUUCUUAGUUGAACAAAAAGGCUAUGAUCGGGAACUUAUGACUGUGGCUCCUGACAGUUGGGAUUUUUGUUUCAAAGGCUUGCUUUUGGACCUGGAAGAUGGAAAUUUACUGAAACUGGGUGAGGAUGGGACAGUUCUGAGAGCUAGUCAUGGCACUAGAAUUUUGACAGUAGAAGAAAUAUUGGAAAUCUAUGGAAAGAAGAGAAAAUGGAAGCACUUCAAAACGAUCAAUGGAACAUUUGCACGCUCAGGCAAAUAUCAUUUCUAUGACAAUUAUUUUGACCUGCCAGGAGCUUUGCUGUGUGCUCGUGUAGUGGAUCUGUUAGAUCAGAAUAGAAAUGUGAAAAAAUAUGAAUUCUGGAAGGAUGUGAUUGCUUCCAUAGAAUACAAUUACAAAGCAUCUGCCUUCAAAGAAGACUCUGGAAUAUAUUUUCCAUCAGUGAAAAAGGAUCCAGGAAAAUACUUAUUGCGUUGCUCUGAAUCAGUGAAAGAUUGGCUGAGGAAACUGAAGAAUGCUGGGAAGGUUCUGCUGUUAAUUACCAGCUCACACAGUGACUACUGCCGACUACUUUGUGAGCACAUCCUAGGGGAAGACUUUGAAGAAAUAUUUGAUAUCAUAAUCACAAAUGCUUUGAAGCCAGGUUUCUUUACACAAGUACCACAGCAAAGACCUUUUCGAACUCUUGUUAAUGAUGAAGAAAGGGAGCCACUUCCCUCGUUAGAGCAACCUGGCUGGUACUCACAAGGUAACUGGAGCCACCUUAAUGAACUACUGAAAAAGAUAACAGGAAAAUCUGAGCCAAAGGUUGUUUACUUUGGUGACAGUAUGCGCUCAGAUAUAUUCCCUGCUCACAGCUACAAUAAUUGUGAAACAGUCCUGGUGCUUGAAGAGCUAGAAGUUGAAGCCAGCCAAUCAGUUACAACAGACAGAAAGGACUCUGAACCAUUAGAGAAGAAAGGAAAAUAUGAAAGCAAGAGGCAGAAGAUGUGGCCAGUGGUGUCAGAACAGUGGGGCUCCUAUUUUGUGGAUGGCGUCACAGGACUGGAGGGUGAAGGUGAAACUCAGGUGCACACAUGGUGCACCAGCAACAUUAACACUUACAGCACCAUCGCUAUUCCCAGCCUGCAGGCUAUAGCAGACUUGUCACUUGACCACAAAUUCCCCAGGUUUUGUCCAGAUAAACCAAGGUUCACAGGUUACUAUCCAAGGCCUCCGGCAGCCCUUGUUCCAAGACCCAGUGAACCAAUAACACAAGAAUAAGCAUGCAAGAGCUGUUACCUCAGCCUGUGAAGAAAAGCAAGAUCCUCUGCAAAGCAACACAUGUUUUGUCUCUAGUGUGGCUACUGUGCGUUACCUCUGUAAGAGAAGUUUCUGUACUGUUUAAGUGCAUUUAGAAUCAGCUAUACUGAUGGUUUUAUUUUUUAAAAAGCUGUUAUAUCUUUACUUUUUUUAAAUUCCUCUUUUAGUGCUAUUGGUUGUAAGGGUAGCAUUAAUCAGUCUAAAUAUAGUUCAGGCCUGUUGAUUGUGACACUGUUGGAAGUAACGUCAUUCCAUUUAUUACAGGGGCACUGUAUUAAUGAAGAAUGUUUGAUAAACCUUUAUUUUUUUGUUUCACAAAGGAGAAAAGUCAGAACUGUGCAUCAUUUAGUUACAAUAAAGUCACACCCAAGUAAUGCAAUGAUGUGUUUUGAUGUGAUUUAUUUGAUCAUGUGUUUGUUAAAAUUUUUAAAAAUAUUUACCAUGUAUUUUUUCAUGAAGUGAACAAGCAAGAGUUCUACAGUCCACUUGUAUUUAUAUACAUUGGAACCUAGUUGAUGUCCUAGAAGUGAUGCCCUAUGAGCCAUAUUACCCUUAACCCAAUUAAGCUGCAUCAACCAUGUAUUGCCAUUUGGUUGGUGACUGGGUUGUCUAUUUAGAAACAUGCUACACUGUUGUAUAGUUAGUGAUAUACAACACCAGUACAAAAUAAAAAUCUCACAUUAAACACAAGUAUAAAGUUGGGGACAGGAAUAUUAUUUUGCUGAUUCUAUCCUGUCGAUCACAAAACUCUUUAGAAGCAGCAAAAAUCAAUUGAGCUUUAAUUGUUGAAUUUCUCCGACAUGACUGCUGAGGCAAAUAUGUAAUCAGUUAUGUCAUGGCAUCUUCAAGCUUACAGACAUGGGAAAGGGACAGUAGUACUAAAAGGGAACAAAGUCAAUACAAAACAAUUGUAUUGUGCAACGUAAAAAAAGUUUGCAAAUGUUGAUUUUCGACAUUAAUAGAAGUAUUUUUCAAUAUUUAGUGAAUAGAUCUGACAAACAGUUGAUUAAAUUGAAAUUAUAGUAUUUGUAGAAAAAUGUUGACCUCUAUGGUUGUUGGAUGCACAUAUUGUACUCUGCUUCAGUUCUCAGUAACUGCAUCAUUCUGGACAUGUUCAACAACAUAUUAUAGAUCCUACUCGGAUCCAGAUGUACUUUGUUAAAGUGAUGUGGGCUGUAAGUCAAUCAAUAAUAUGUAAACAUCAGCUUCAUCUUUGGUUUUGUACAUUAAAAUAAAAAGCUACAAAAAAUA